UGAUAAUAAUAAUGGUCACAAUAAUGAUAACAAUAACAUGAGACUAUUUCGUAGAUCGAUUAAAAAGUCUUUUCGACGCACAAUUUCAUUUAUCAGUCCAGAAAGAAGGUUCUUGUCAGGCAAAGAGAAAUCAAAUGUUGACACUAGUGAUCAUAUUAGCCACAUGUUGUCACCACGUGGUGAUAUUAGAUCACCGAGAUUGGAAAGAAAGUUCAGUAGAAUAGCUAUCGGUGUACGCGAUAAGUUAACUACAUUCUAUAAAUCACCGAAUGCAACUUCAUCGCAGUCGUAUUCAGCUGAUUUCGCUAUUUCAAAGCAUCGAGUAUUCCUGAAUAAAGUGUUUCGUUCAGGUAGGCCAACAAGAGAACAAGUUGAAGAAUGGGCACGUUCAUUUGAAGCUGUACUCAGAGAUAAACAUGGUGUCAUGGUAUUCAGAGAAUUUCUCCGUACUGAAUUCAGUGAUGAAAAUAUUCGUUUUUGGCUUAUUUGUGAAGAUUAUCGUAAUAAAUCUGGUUCAAAGAAUAUGCAACGGAAAGCCUUCAAAAUAUUCAAUGAAUAUGUGGCUGUUCAAGCGGCUAGAGAAGUUAAUUUAGAUUCAAAUACACGACUUCAGACUGAAAAGGAUCUUGAAACAGCUAACAAAAAUACCUUUGAUCAAUGUCAACGAAGAAUUCAAUCUUUAAUGGAAAAAGACUCUUAUCGACGAUUUCUCCGAUCCGAUUUGUAUUUAACAGCAUUAGAAAUAAGUAAAGAACGUGAAGACUAUCAAAUAUCGAAUAAAUUUGGUCGACAUUCUGUUAUCGAUUUUAGAGGUAUACGGAAUGCAUUUAUCUCUGCGAAAAGUUUUCCCACUGGUAUGCCUUCAACUAAUACGCAUAUUUCACGUGCAUCAAGCAAUGUUGGCAGAAGUGUAACCAAUAAAAACAGUGUUGAGAAUGCGGAUGAACACAGUAGUGCAAGCAAAAAGACUUCGGAUACUGAUACGAUAGGUCAGUGUAUCAGUGUGAACUCCUUGUCUAAAGUAAAGUCGGCUGAUCACCUCAAAGAGAAGUGUAUGCAGUCUGAAAGCGUUACAAUGACAUAAUCUUUAUUCAAAACUAAACAUACCAAUAUAUAUAUAUAUAUAUAUAUAUAUGAUAUACAGCGACAUAUAUUAGGGUUUUACAAAUCGGUUACAUUGCAGCUUACAUAUUUUUUAUUGACGCCUAAACUGAAUCAGUGUGUGUGUGUGUGUGUGUGUGAUAUCUUAUUUGAAGAAACAUGUGGAAUGGGUAAAUUUGUGAAAUAAAAAAACAAAAUUAUUUUUGAUAUAUAAUAACACUGU